AUGCGGGCGGAACGUCACCUCCGGGCGCCCGCCACGCGCAGGUUUGGGGGGGAGGUUUGUUGUCCCGAGCCACUUCCGGUGACGCAGUUCCGGCCUGUCAUGGCGGCGGAGCCGGGCGGGGCAGGUGGCGGCGGCGGGAGCCCCCCCGGGCCGGACCCGCUGCGCGGGGCGGGCGGCGAGGAGGAGCGAGAGGCCGACGGGCGGGGAGCGGCCCGGCCCCCGAGCCCGGGGCCGCUCCGCGAGGCCGAGGUCACCGUGGAGAUCGGGGAGACCUACCUGUGCCGGCGGGCGGACGGGACCUGGCACUCGGCCGAGGUAAUCCAGUCACGACUCAACGAGCAGGAGGCUCGGGAGGAAUACUACGUACACUAUGCCGGAUUCAACAGGCGCCUGGAUGAGUGGGUAGAUAAGAACCGGCUGGCCCUCACCAAGACAGUCAAAGAUGCGGUGCAGAAAAACACAGACCAGUACAUGAACGAGCUGUCAGAGCAACCCGAGCGUAAGAUCACACGCAACCAGAAGCGCAAACAUGACGAGAUCAACCAUGUUCAGAAGACCUACGCAGAGAUGGAUCCCACCACAGCUGCCCUGGAGAAGGAGCAUGAGGCGAUCACCAAGGUGAAAUACGUAGAUAAGAUCCACAUCGGCCACUAUGAGAUCGACGCCUGGUAUUUCUCACCCUUUCCGGAGGAUUAUGGGAAGCAGCCCAAACUCUGGAUCUGCGAGUACUGCCUGAAAUACAUGAAGUUCGAGAAGAGCUACAGGUUCCACCUAGGCCAGUGCCAGUGGAGACAGCCCCCAGGGAAGGAGAUCUACAGGAAGAACAACAUCUCUGUCUAUGAAGUGGAUGGCAAAGAUCACAAGAUUUACUGCCAAAACCUGUGUCUCCUGGCCAAGCUCUUCCUAGACCACAAGACCCUCUACUUUGAUGUUGAGCCCUUUGUUUUCUACAUCCUCACCGAGGUCGACAGGCAGGGCGCCCACAUCGUCGGCUACUUCUCCAAGGAGAAGGAGUCUCCAGAUGGGAACAACGUGGCCUGUAUCCUCACCCUGCCCCCCUACCAAAGACGGGGCUAUGGGAAGUUUCUCAUCGCUUUCAGCUAUGAGCUGUCUAAGCUGGAAAGCACGGUGGGCUCCCCAGAGAAGCCCCUCUCGGACCUGGGCAAGCUGAGCUACCGGAGCUACUGGUCCUGGGUGCUGCUGGAGAUCCUGCGGGACUUCCGAGGGACCCUGUCCAUUAAAGACCUCAGCCAGAUGACCAGCAUCACUCAGAACGACAUCAUCAGCACGCUGCAGUCCCUCAACAUGGUGAAGUAUUGGAAGGGGCAGCACGUCAUCUGUGUCACGCCCAAGCUGGUGGAGGAGCAUCUGAAGAGCGCCCAGUACAAGAAGCCUCCCAUCACAGGGAAAGCUCCAAGCUCUCCACCGGCUGCAAAUGCAGGGAUCGCGCACCCCUCACUGAAAUGCGACCGCUCUGGGGUGGGACGUGCUGGCUAACAGCAACGCUGCACAGCUCACCCAGCUACCUCUGGGCUUGAAAUGACAAGGUGGGAUUGAAGGAGGAAGAAGAGGAUGAAUUUGGCUUGGAAACUGGACGGGAGACACUGAUUACCCUGGAAUCCUCUAAUGCCAUUGAAGUGUUGCUGAGCGGCUGUUAAACAGCUGCCAGAGCUGGCUGCAUUUCAGUGCCGGGUAAACCAUGCCCCUGCAGUGUUGCUGUUACCCAGCUGCCUAACCCCAGAGCUCAGCUCUGGGUGCGUUUCCUCUGUUCCAACACAGACUGCUUUCCCACGGGUGCAAUCUGCUUCCCUGCAAUAACUGCUAGAGGGUUUAUAUAGAGAAUAUUGCGGGGGU